AUGCUGUUUCUAAGGCGUCUUUUUUCAAUGGCCGCCGCCGAACCACUGAAUCAACCCAGUGACUUAAUUGGUUACUUCCAACAACAUGGGCCACAAAUUUUAAAUUCUGCCGGUGGUGGAGCUGGUGGAGUUGCGGCAGUCACGGGUCUGGAAAGCCUGUCAUGGUUACACAACGUGGCUCCUUGUUUUCCACUGCGCGGAGAACAGAUCCAGGUGAUAAAUGAACCAAAACAUUUCUAUGAGACAUUGCUGCAGCGCAGUGCCUCAGCUCGGGAAAGGAUUGUCUUGGCCAGUUUAUAUUUGGGUACGGGUCAGCUGGAAACAAAUUUUGUACAGACCCUGAGGAAAUCUCUGCAGCAACAGUCCGCUUUGAGGGUCAAUGUACUGCUGGAUUUCACCCGUGGCACAAGGGGUGUGGUGAAUUCGAAGACCAUGUUACUCCCUCUCAUCCAAGAUUUUGGUGAUCAAAUCCAGCUGAGUCUUUAUCACACCCCCAAUCUGCGGGGUAUAACAAAACGUUUGGUCCCCGCCCGUUGGAAUGAAUUAUUGGGCCUGCAACACAUGAAAGUCUAUCUCUUCGAUGAUGCAGUAUUAAUUUCCGGGGCAAAUUUGUCCAAUGACUACUUUACCAAUCGUCAAGAUCGUUAUAUCCUAAUUGAAGAUAAGCCUCUGGCGGAUUUCUAUGCCGGCUUUAUCUCACGCGUACAAGAGUUCAGUUUGACAGUGCAAAAAGAUGCCGAAGUUGCGCUGCAUCGCAACUGGCAAUACCUACCCUAUGAAGGAACCAAAGAUGAUUUCACAAAUACCGCGAAGAAAAGUAUAACAGAUUUUAUGCGGGAUGUCUAUCAGAAACAGCAAACGGUAUGCCGAGAAACCAAAGAUGCCGAUUCAUGGAUAUUUCCGCUGGUGGAAAUGGGACAAAUUGGAAUACAUCAUGAUAGUGUGGUAACCAAACGGCUGCUGUCGAAUUGUAUAGAAAAUUCCCGCCUGAAAUUGGCCACGGGAUAUUUUAACUUAACGCAGGAAUAUAUGGACACGCUGACGCACAAAUGCCUGGCCCAGUGUAGCAUUCUAAUGGCCCAUCCCAAUGCCAAUGGCUUUAUGGGUGCCAAGGGCCCUGCAGGUGGCAUACCCGCCGCCUAUACCCUCAUCGCCAAAAGUUUUUACGAAAGUCUGGUACGUCGUAAACAAAAUCAUCGUGUCAAUUUCUUUGAAUAUGAAAAACAAGGCUGGACCUAUCAUGCCAAGGGCCUCUGGUAUUAUCUACCUCAAUCGCAACUACCAAAUCUCACUCUUAUUGGAUCUUCGAAUUUCGGUGAACGUUCGGUGAAUCGUGAUUUGGAGACACAGAUUUGCCUGGUAACCGCCAAUGAGGGUCUAAGUCAAAGUCUGCAACAUGAAAAUGAACGUCUUUUCAAUCAAUCCACAACCGCCGAGAAUCAAAUCACAACAAGGCCAGUACCGCGUUGGGUACAAGCAGUAGUGGGGCUGUUUCGAACAUUUUUCUAG